AAAAUAUAUAUAUAUAGAGAGAGAGAGAGAGAACGAGAAAAGGGUUAUGUGAAAAGUUCUUAAAUUGCUGUGUUUAAUCGAACUUCAUCUUGUCUUGCAUAUCAUAUUGCUCGGUACAUCUCUGCACAACAUGUUCAAACUGUUUGUGUUGGCCACAGUAGUGCUCUACUGUAACGGCUGCUUCUCUCCCAAUUUAGACCUCACGGAUGACGGAUGUAUUGACAUGGAUGGAACUUUCCACGAGUAUAACUCUAUCUGGGAGGAUGGAACUUACACCUGUGUAUGUAUCCAACCAGAGCCCAAGUGUUGCCCAAGCGAUGAGGUGAACGUUGGGGAGGAUGACGAGAGUUUUGAUGAAGACGGUGACGAUAACAGUAAUGAAGAUGGGGAAAACUUACAAGAGUAUCUUGACGCUGUCCAAAACGGUAUCGCUGCCCUUGGUAAUGGUGCUGGAGAAAAGUAGUUAAUGAAGGAUCCUGAGGAUGAAAAAACUAUUCCGGAGGGACUGAUUUCUUUUACAUGAUUACAUAAGUUUCCCAUUAAAUACAAGUUAAAUAAAAAUAAUAAACCAUACAUUGUGUUUUUGUGAAAAUACCAUAAUACAUCAAACAAUACAUAUAUUAAACAUAAAUGUAAAUAUUUUGAUAUUACAGAUUAUUAGAUUGAUUAUCUGUUCUUGCACCAAUCAGAGAAAAAAAAAGUCAGCAAUGCACAUUUGUGUUUGUUUGUGCCUUUAUGGAAAAUUAUUCUGUAAGACCUAAUUGUUGCAAUGUACCUACAGUACAUAUGAAAAAGCAUCUAAAAAUUAAAUUGAUUAUAAUUUACCAAC